CGGCGAUAGGUGUUUUAUAAUCCAAAUUGACAGAUUCAAUUGCCUUGCCCCCAUUACGUGUUUCGUUGAGGUCAAGGUCGCUGCUGGCAAUGGCCGAAUUGGUGAGAGACUGGCUGGCGGACUAUCAGCGGACUCGAGGACAGCCAGCCGAGUCCGAGGCGUUUGUUGUGGAACAUGAGACAGACCCGGAAAUCGCCGAGGCCAUUUUCACCAUAUUCAAUGAGAGGCAGCGCAACGAGGACCUGGUUCACGACAUUUGCCAGCAACUAUUGUGCUUCUAUAGGUCGCCCGAGGUGACGCUACACAAGUUUCCGUUGCAAUUCAUUCCUGUCUUAAUCUACACGUACCUGCAUGCCGUUUCGGCGGGCGAUAAGAAGGCGUCUCGUGGAGUGGAGACGCUGCUGAUUUGCAUUUAUAACGGUGAGGUGUCCACCGACGAUGGCGGUCAGAAAGUGGUCGUCUUCCGCAUGCCCAUCCUAGCCCAGACGUCUGUAUACCACGAAAUGAAGAAUCUUCCAUUGACCGAUCUGCGACGCUGGGAGGAGAACUGCAACCGCGAACUCAAGUGGGGGCCGCAUCAGAGAGUUGAGACGGUAAAUGCCCAGAACCGCAUGCGGAUCCUGACGACAUUGCUUUUUUGCUACAACCAGCACGUCAGCCAGACGCAAAAGUCUUCGUUGCUGCAUCUAUGCCGUGUGACUUCCCAGUUGGUCAACCAGGGAUUCACAACCAAAUCCGGUCACGGCCAUCGUAUGAGCUAUGGAUCUGAUCCAGCAACGGGGGCCACUUUUCCAAAACCAUCUUCUCCGCGCAUUCCACUCUCCUCGUCCUUCCUGAUCGAAUUGGUGCACGCCAUUUACUUUGCCAUGUUCAAUGGCUAUGGUACGAUAGCCAUACAGACGCUAGACGAUAUACACAACCGUGCCACCUAUGAAAUGUACACGGAGCUCAUUCUGGUGACCAGCGCCGUGCGCAAUUCGCUGCAUGCUAACCCGUCAGGGCAGCCCAACGACGGGCCAAUGGGACUGAGCGUAGCCCUGACACCCGCUACCAAUACGGUGACAACAUCGGUAUCGAAAUCCAUGAUCACGAACGCAUCAUUCCGCACGAAAAAGCUGCCCGAUGACAUACCCAUACAGGUGCAGGACCUUACCAUGCAGCAAAACCCACAGCAGCUGGCCAGCGUGAUUGAGGAAGCAGAGCCGGGAGCCAAAGAGUCGCCAUCGACCAAGGAGAGCUCGGGCACUCGUACUUCUAUAAUGAGGCCGAGCAUGGAAGGGAUCAAGGCCCAAGCGCACAAGGCCUUAAUCGCUGGCUUCAAGAAAUCAAAGGAUAAGGAGAAAGACAAGGAACCGCCGAAACCACCGCAACGAAAGUUCGACAAGCACACGCAGCGCAACUCGCUGCUGCAGCUGCAAUCGGAAUUGAAUUCGAAUUCAAAUGCGGAGCAGCCACCACCACCCUCCGAUAUGCUGCCAAUGCAGACGCUCUCGCUGAUUAAUGAGAACGGCAGCAACAGCUUCAGUAUUGACAGCGACCUCAACGAUGGCCUCGGGGUCGUGGCAGGCAGUGUAGCGCUGCCCUCGAUAAACAGCAACACCAACUCGGUCACCAGCAGCGAAGUGCUCACCAAAAGCUUCGAUUCCAGCAUCGAACUGGCGCCUCUGGGACACAGCAACAGCAAUGGCGGUAAGCUGGCCGAGCAUGGCCUAGUGGAAUAGUGUCGCGCAGCCAAAUAGCCAAAUCCAAGUAUCAAGUAUACAUAUAUAUUUAUUAUCAUUAUUAUAUAUAUUCGCUCUUUACUGCUGGGUAUUAACUGAACGACACCACACCCGAACGCGGAUGAACUGUAAAUCUGAAUGUAACGCAAUACUUAGGGAUCGCUUGAAUUUGUUAAAAAUUGAUGGGGUUUUUCAGUUGUUCGUAUACUUAUAUGAUAAUGUAUUCUAAUCCUAACUGUUGGUAAAAUCUACAUUACUACUUAUGGAAGCAUGUACAUAUAUGUAUGUUUUUUGUCGGGUAAUUUGAAUAGCUUAAGUGUUGCAAAUACGUCACAACAAUUAUACAAAUACAAUCGGAGCAGAGCAAGGCCACUCGGAGAUGCCAUACAGUAGAUAUGAGAUCUUUGAACGCCAAAUCCCCUUAUUUCUUUAAUGAUAGUGCAGUGGAGUUCAUCCACAGCAGGAUGAGCAGAAUGUAUACAUUUCAAUGCAUUUCAUUUGAUUUAGAUAAGCAAACACUUCUGGUAUUCGAUAUCUACUGCAUUUGCAGCCAGUGAGAUCAGGCCCGGCGAACAAACAACUUCAAUUGAAUUUAACGAGUAUCCAUUCUACUUUGUCCCUAACAUACGAUAGCAUAUGUAAACUAAUAGAUACUAUACAAUAUACAUAUGUACAUGCAUACAAAUAUUUAUUGAACGUUGACUUGAACCAUGUUAUUGAUUUAAAAUAAAAUCGAAAACUAUAUACGUAA